CCAACUCUAAACAACAGUAUUUCGUUUCUCAUGAUUGGUUGCGCGCUAUAGGAUUUAUUUCAGUUUUGUGUUUAUUUUUGUUUUUAGAAGCUUGACGGUUUUUAUUGUGCACUGAUAAUAAGUUACAAGUUCAAUCGAAAAUGUGGGACAAAAUCAUAUAUAUGAUAGUGAUUCUCAUAGUUACAUACAUUUUAAAACAAUUGUUUUCUGAAACACCGAAUUUUGUGAAAUUUAAAUCGAAAUUCCUUCUGUUUUAUAUCUGGACUUCUGUAACAGCAGUGAUAUUGUUGCCGUUUUUUGUGUUUAAUCCGAAAAAUGUGAAAAAUUCGCUAUUUGGAUCACAAAUAGUGAAACAUGUAACCAAAGUUAUAGAGGUGAAAUGGCUGUUAAGAAACGGGAAAGUAUUAGCUGAGGACCGUGGAGCUGUUGUUGUGUCUAAUCAUCAAUCUUCUAUUGACAUUCUGGGUAUGUUCAAUAUCUGGCAUGUAGCAGACAAAGUGGCGGCUAUAGCGAGAAAAGAAAUAUUUUACGUGUGGCCAUUCGGACUGGCCGCAUAUUUAGCUGGAGUGGUGUUCAUUGACAGGAAUAACUCCAAAGAUGCUUACAAGCAAUUGAAGAUUACAUCUGAAGUCAUGAUUAAAAAUAAGACAAAGAUUUGGUUGUUCCCCGAGGGAACAAGAAACAAAGACUUCACAAAGCUGCUGCCGUUCAAAAAGGGCGCCUUCAACAUAGCGGUUGCUGCACAAGUGCCAAUCAUACCUGUUGUGUUCUCGCCCUACUAUUUCAUUAAUAGAAAGAAAUAUAUCUUUAAUAAAGGCCAUGCGAUUAUCCAGUGUUUGGAUCCAGUCCCGACUGAAGGACUUACUAUGGAGGACGUGCCGGCGUUAAUAAACAAAGUACGCAACUCCAUGGACGCGGCGUACAAAGAACUCUCCAAGGAGGUGCUGAGCACUCUGCCACCAAACUACCCACUCGCGACCGAUUGAACCAACAUUGCCAACACCGGUACCACCUAAUAUUACAUUUAAUCAAUAUUAAGCUUUUACGUCUGCAAGUAACGCUGACUCGUGAGAUGUUUGUACUAUACCUAUAGUGAGCAUUCCAAUCGCAAGAAAUAUGAAUAUUUCUGUGAUUAUAUACUAGGAAUUUAUUUAUAUAACUUGUCUAAUGUUAAUCUAUAAUGUUUAAGGCACACUAUUGUGUUUUAACUUAUAAGUUACUUGAUGUCCAAUUUGGCAGUUGUAUUCAGACUGCUGAACUGCAUAUCAUGUAAAAAGGUAAUGUAACAAGUCGCAUAAUUGCUAUCAGCACAUUGUAGUUAAUAUUUUAUUUAUGUAAAACUUGUAUGAAGUAUUAUUUUUAUAAAAUGUGUAUUAGUUCUAUAUUUCUUAUGUAUACUAAGGCUGUAACGCUUAUAAAGUGAGCUGGGCCGGGACACGUCAUAAUACGUUUUUACAGUAAAGGUGACUCGAGGCUAAGAAGGAGACAUGUAUCAAGUAGAGUACUAUAGAAUGUUAAGGAACAAUUAGACCGGUUAAUUAGCACUCUGCAGAUGAUUUAGUUGCGACAGGCGGCACGCCGCGACUAUCAUUUGUAGUGAUGACCUUUUUUUGUAUUCACAUCACAGUUGCAGUGUAGCUGUUUGUUUCUGCACCAGUGCAGUGUGGAAUUUUAAUCACUCGUUAAGCAACAUCGCACAUUAACUUGACUGAAGCAAUUACCAUUUCAGUAUUUGAACAAUGUUCCACUAGUGAACUGCUUUUUAAUGUUUAGUUAAUAGUUAUACUUACCGUAGUGUUGUGUUGACAAAUUUCUUGUUAUUGAAAAUUCGACCUUACAUUAAAGCGCACAAUGUACGUUAUUGAAUUUCAUUGUUCGUAUAGAACUGUAGGAUGUACUAACAUGCAAUGUUUUACUAAACAUCAGUGCAUUGCAUGUGUUUGUCAAAUCAUUGUCAACAAUUUGGUGCAAUAUUUUAAGUUUUAUUUGAAUUUUGUCUCUUAAAAAAAAAUCUGAAUGUAAAAUGAAACUACAAUAUAUGUGCCAUUCUAUUUUCAAUUAAAUGGCGGAUAUGUGGAAGAACCAUUAAUAUUUUAAUAAAUAUGUUAUUAUAGGCGAACACCGUUAGUACUUAUCGUUUACAUAUUCCAACCGUACGUGUGGUAUACGUUUAAGUUCGGAAUAAAAUAGUAAUAACAAAAAACUACAAAUAUGUGUACCUAGCCUUUAUGAAAGGAGGUCGAUAUAUGCUACAUAAUUACUUCGCCCUUAUCAAAGACCUCAAAAACCAAUAAUCGUACGCCUUAUCAUUACAAACGCUUCAUUAUCAUAAUACGAUAUACAGUAUUAUUUAUUUGUAUGUAUCGCUUAGAUUCAAACAAUGCGCCUUAAUAGUUAUUCUAUAGUCGCUUCAACGUUUAGUUAAGAUUUAUUUAGGAUACGUUCCUCAAUGAAACCUUUUACUCUCUAGUCAUAUAAACGACUAAAAGUGAAGUCAGGUGCAUGUGCUUUGCAUACCGAAGAAUCGCUAGAACAAUCAGUAAAGAUACUUGUAAUAAAUUACUUAAAAACGUUGUAUAAAUUCAGAACACGUUGUAAUCAUUCUGUUUACCAAAAAAACAACUUUAUAAAGGAAAGUUUCUCGCCCUAAAGUAAUAUAUUACCUAACAAGAACACGAUGUAACCAAAUGCGACGGCUAAUCCAUAAAAUUUGCAAUUAUUAUUCUUUCCUACAGUUGUUCGUUAAAGUAAACACGUUAGAAACUCAUCAGCAUCCUCGAUUAAUCUUCUUAGGAAGUAGAUUAUGAAAAUAUGAAUUUAAAUACGUGAAGUUACCAAAAUUCGUCUCAUUUUGUCGAUAAUGUUCGAAUAUUUUUAUUAUUUUAAUGUGGAUUUAAAUUACGGUGCCAUUUUAAACCUAUGCUAACUUAUAUCUUAUUUGUUUAUCAAAAUUUUAUGAUGGGACCAUAUUUAUUUGACCCAUUGUACUUAUACUGGUUUAUUUAUUUUUAUUCAUCGCGUAUAUGUCGGAACGGUCAUUAGUACGGGAUUUCGAUUUACUA